AUGCAAAAAGUUAUUGAAUGCGUACCAAAUUUCAGUGAAGGUCAACGAAAAGAAGUUAUUGAUGCAAUUGCACAUGCUAUUUCAUGUAUUGAAGAUGUAUCUUUAUUGGAUAUUGAUUCUAGUGUAUCAACAAAUCGUACAAUUUAUACAUUUGUAGGCCAUCCACGCGCAGUUAUUGAAGCAGCAAUAGCUGCAGCUCGAUGUGCACAUAAUUUAAUUGAUAUGACAAAACAUACUGGUGAACAUCCACGAAUUGGUGUCAUGGAUGUUGUACCAUUCAUACCUGUUCGAAAUGCUACAAUGUCUGAUUGUAUUGAUAUAGCACUUGAAUUUGCUAAUCGUUUAGCUUCAGAAUUACAUGUACCUGUUUAUUUAUAUGGUGAAGCACAAGAAAAAGAGUAUCGAAGAGAUUUAACACAGAUACGUAAUGGAGAAUAUGAAGCACUUUAUGAUAAACUCAAAAAAAAAGAAUGGCAACCUGAUUUCGGACCGAGUGAAUUUGUUCCAUCAUGGGGAGCUACUUGUGUUGGUGCAAGAAAUUAUUUAAUUACAUACAAUAUCAAUUUAUUUAGUACAAAGGAACAAGCUCAUCGUAUUGCUUUAAAUAUUUGUGAAGAAGGAUCAAACAGCAAUGAAAUUGAAAAAUUAAAAUGUAUACGUGGUCAUAGUUGGUGGUAUGAAGAAGGCAAUUUAGCACAAAUUGCUUUUAAUUUAAUCGAUUUUGAAGUAACUAAUAUUCAUACAGUUUAUAAUCAAUGUGUUGCAGAAGCUAAAAUGCUUAAUAUUGGUGUUUGUGGCUCUCAAAUUCUUGGUAUUAUACCAUUAAAAUCUUUAUUAAUGGCUGCAGAUUAUUUUAUUGAAAAGGAAAAUUUAUUUAUUCUUGAAGAAGAUCAAAAAAUUCGUUUAGUUAUAGAUCGUUUGGGUUUAAAUUCGAUUACACCAUUUAAUCCAAAAAAACGAAUUAUUGAAUAUAUUAUACAUGAAGAUGAAAGUAUAACUUCAAUGAAAUUAAAAGAUAUUAUGAAUCAUAUUGGUUCACGAACAUUAAUACCUGGUGGAAAUUGUGUUACAUCACUUGUUGCUACAUUAGGUGCAGCAUUGGGCACAAUGUGUGCAUUAUUAACCUAUGGAAUGAGAAAAUGGGAAUUAUUCGAAAAAGAAAUACGAAUAAUUAUUACUUCAUUACAUACAGCAAUAAAAUCAUUAAUGAAUACAGUUGAUACAAAUACAGAAGCAUUUAAUAAAUAUCUAAUGGAACCAUUUCAACGAUUAGCACCAUUAUUUAAUAUUGAUACUAAAGCAGAUUUUAUAGUUGGUAUCAAAUGUCUCGAAACAGCAGUAUAUGGCAUAUGUAAACGUAUUGAAUUCUUUUCUACUUCAACUUUAUAUAGUGAUUCACAAACGGAGAUUAUACAAAAUAAUUAUGUAGAUGCAGCAAAACAAUUACUUGAAAUCGCACAAAAUAUGACACAAACUAUUUUAGCAAUAGUUGAAAUAAGAAAUUAA